AUACUAAAUAAUAAAUAUUUUUCAAUUUUGGUUUUGGUAAUUUACACUACAACGUUUUUAAUUUUUAUAUUAUUAUUAAUUUUCAACUAUCAUAAUUUUAAGUUAUUAAUAAGUUUAUAAUUCAGUUCAUAAGUCUAAACUCUUAGCAUAAGAUUUUUAAGCAUCCAUUUUACGAUGGAUUCAGAUUUGAAAGAUUUAGAUCUUUAUGGAAUACUAGAGAUCCAACAAUCGGCUACUGAAAAGGAGAUAAAAACGGCAUAUCGGAAGAAAGCUUUACAAUGCCAUCCAGAUAAAAAUCCUGACAAUCCCAAAGCAGCUCAAUUGUUCUUGCAGUUAUCUAAAAUUUUAACUAUUCUUACUGACACAGCAGCUCGAUUGGCUUAUGACAAGUUAGUAAAUGCUAAAAUUGCUGCAAAAUUACGAGAAAAAGAGUAUGAUUCAAAAAGAAAGAAAUUAAUUGAUGAUCUUGCUAAAAGAGAAAAUGAAGCAUUAGCAAAUCAAAAAAAUACAGUGGAACGCAAUUUUGAGAAAGAACUGGAACGUUUAAGAAAAGAAAGUUCAUCUUUACUUGCAAAAGAAAGAGCCCGUGUUAAUGAGCUGCUAAGGCAGCAAGAAACUGAGAAGGAAAAAAUUGGUUCAUUCAAAUUAAAAGUUAAGUGGAAGGAAAAUGGAGUGUAUAAUAAAGACAAUUUAACAUCAUUAUUCUCUAAGUAUGGCGAUGUAAUAACAGUUGUGGUUCUGGAAAAUAAAAAAUGUGUUGCUCUUGUUGAGUACAAAUCUAAGACUUCGGCUAUAAACGCCAAAAAUUUGGAAGUUGGUUAUCCAAAUUGUCCUCUAAUUGUGAGUUUUCUCGGGGAUUAUGGACAAGACACUAAAAAGAGUACUACUAAUCAUACUUCUGCUCCAAAUCCUAGCACUAUAUUUUCAACUUAUCAAAAUCCAAAUGACAAUCAUGUAGAAAAUACCUCAUCUGCACAAGCUUUUUCGGAUUAUGAAGCAAUGAUACUUGAGAGAUUUAGAAAAGCUAACAAACCACAACAAGAAAAUAGUAAUUCAGGCAAAAUAAAUACACAAGAACCUUGGGUAGUAUGAGAAGUCUAACGUAUUUGAUUUACAUAAUUAAUAAUUUAAUUUAAUUAUUAUUAAUACUUGUAGAUAUUAUGUACAUAUGUAAAUAUUGAAAUAUAUGAAUAUUUUUUUUUCAUCCUUGAUUGACAAUACAAUGUUAAAGAUGUCUACCAGUCAAUCAAAAAAAAAUUCCCAAAAUAUUAAAAAAAUAAUUUCUGAAAUAAUAUCUAACACUGUAUAAGAAAAAAUAAAUGUGGAAUUGUGGAAAUACAAAAACAAAAAUGAUUAUAUACA